AUGUUGAUUCGCUGGAUAAGUAACCGCCCGGUCGAGAACAAGAACCAGAUCCUGAGGAUGACGGACAAAGUAGGAAACAAUGCUUUGCACAUGGCAGUGCGUCGCCGUUUGGUCAACGUGGUGCGCCUUCUGUUGAAUGAAGAUAUGGAGCUCGUAUACCAGAAGAACGCAGAUGAGAAAUCUCCCCUGUACUUGGCCCUCGAAUCCGAAAGACCCGAGAUAUAUGAGGUUUUCUGUUCGCUUCCGCUUGAACCGUCGAGGAUACAAGGCUUGCCACCCAUUCAUGGUGCCAUUAUACAUAACCACUAUGAUAUCGCCACCCAGAUACUCGACAAAGACGUGAAGCUCUUUGCAAUGACCGACUUCAGAGGCAGAAAUGUAUUCCAUUUAGCAGCUUACAUGAAUCGGCCUCAAGUAUUCGAACUAUUUAUAGCAAAAACUGAAUAUUUGGGCAGACAAUGGGAUAUGAAUGGAAAGGAACCCAUUCAUAUUGCAAGCAAGAUGGGUUAUGUUGAUAUAAUCAAGAAGUUAUCUAAGAUAACAAGGUGGAGGAGCAAGCAAGGACAAACUAUUCUUCAUAUUGCAGCAAAAUACGGGAGAACUUCAUUAGUGAGGUAUUUGCUCAGACAUCCAGAACUCGUGGGUCCGAUAAAUGAAAGAGAUGAUGAUGGAAAUACAGCUGUGCAAAUCGCCGCGAUAGAUGAUGAUGGAAAUACAGCUUUGCACAUGGCCGCGAUGCAUUCACAACCCGCUACUUUGAUUCCUCUCAUACUGGAUGAAAGAAUUAAGCCCUUCCUUCUCAACCACCAAGCCGCAACUGCUCUUGACAUUGCCUUAGAUCUCGUCAAAAGGGAGUAUACAUUACGGAAGCAAUUGGCGGUCAUGGUAUUGGCAUCCAAAUGUGGGAAAAGUGCAGCUGGAAAUGAAGUGUUUCCAAUGAUUGACUCGGACAAAAAGAAGCCAAACACGGACGACGUGAAGAAUCUGAUCGGCAAUCGCUCGGUGGUAGCAACGCUUGUGGGCACCGUGACUUUCGCAGCUGGUUUUGCAGUUCCUGGAGGAUUUAACAGCACCGACACAGCCUCCAAAGAUGACCGCGGCAUGGCUACGAUGCUGGACAAGAGAAUGUUCCAGGCCUUCACCAUUUGCAACACCAUCGCCAUGUUCUGCUCGAUGAUCGCGGUCGUCACCCUCCUCUGGGCGCAGCAAAGCGACAUCCACACUGCAAUAGUUGCAUACCGACACUCAAUGCUGCCGCUAAAAAUAGCACUCCCUGCGAUGUCCGCCGCUUUCUUAACUGGUAUCACCUUGACUGUUGGCAAACUCCCUUGGCUUGCUAACACCAUAUUUUAUUUUGGACUCGUUUGCCUCCUCAUCAUCUCAGUUGCUAAAUUGUUAGAGGACCCUCCCUUGAUUUGUAGCCGCCGUCGCCCUAUUAGCAUUAUGGUAUCCUGGCUUGUUCGCGCUUAUAUUUAUUUGUGGGAAGUUGAGACGGACGUUUUGGGUGACCCGGAAGAGGACAGAAUGGUGUUUUGGACCUCCGCUAGGGGACUUCCGGAUGAUGAUAGUAAAUAG